CAUGUGGGGGUUUCUAGGACUUAACUUUUCAAAGUGGAAGUGGACAAAUUAGCAAUAAGUGGAAGUGAGCGAACCUUAAUAAAAUAAGUAAAAUAGAAGCGUACUUGUAAGUAUAAAGAAUCAAAUAAAAAGUGGCGUUAACUUUUUUUAAGUUCUAGAGAAAUAGACAAAUAACAUUAAAAUCCGGACAGUACAGAAAACAGAUGUGGUGAAUUCUCGAACAAGAAAAAAAACUGAAGUGAGUAGUUGAGAUUUUAAUGAUGAAAUGGGUUAUUUCUAAACAAGAGUUGCUAUUCUAGGUUCACUUACUGUUAGACAUUUAAAAUAUGCAAAUGAACCUUUGAUAGAAUAUAUUUGAUGAAAAAGAGUGAAAGAUAAUUUUGUGGCUCUUACGAAUAUGUCAGACCUUCGUGAUGUCACUGAUGACCGGUAUUCUCAUCAUGCUGACCUACAGCCGUAUGCUGAUGACCUCCUUGACCUGGAGGCACAUUCAAACAAUUUUCAAAGUCAAACAGACCUCCAGACUGUAGCUUUUAACCUCCAGGGACAGGAAAAUAUUGACCUCCAUAAACAAAAUUUUGACCUCCAUGGACAAAAUGUUGACCUCUGGGAAGAAGAAGUUGACCUCGAGGGACAAAUUGCUGACCUUCCAUCGGUUCUUUUCCGACCAUUCUUCACUGAGACAAUCAGGGACAAAGUGCUAAAAAUAGAGGUGAAACUAGCUGAGUAUUUAAUGACAUUAGAUUACACCAGGUCACCAGUAAAAUAUCUAUCUAAUCCUCUAGAUCAUGCGGAGUUACCUCAUAGAAUAUUUCUUCAGAAAUACCUAGAUGGAGAGAAGAAAAUUAUUUUUCUGGGUAUGAACCCUGGACCGUGGGGCAUGUGCCAAACAGGAAUUCCUUUCGGUGAGAUUGAAGCUUGCAAGGGGUUUCUUGGUAUCUCAGCUCCUGUUAAAACUCCCAAGACUUUUCAUCCUAGAAGACCUAUAGAAGGAUUUGAUUGCAAGAGAAAGGAGGUGAGCGGUCAAAGAUUCUGGAGUUUGAUUAAAGAAGUUUCCAGAACUCCGGACACAUUCUUCAAGCAUAGCUUUCUGGCCAAUCAUUGUCCUCUGGCUUUUAUGAAGGAGUCAGGGAAGAAUGUGACGCCUCCUGAAAUGCCAAAAGAAUUAAGAGAAAAGAUAAUGACUGCUUGUGAUUCAUCUCUUCUUGAAAUAUUAGUCCUGUUGAAAACUGAUCUUAUAAUUGGAAUUGGAAAAUUUGCCGAGAACCGCGGGAAAAAGAUUGUUAAAGAAAAUAAACUUAAAACUAGAGUCGGAUUUUUAAUGCAUCCAAGUCCAAUAAAUCCUCUAGCAAAUAAAGGCAGUAGGCAAUUGGGAUAUGCGUGUUAUGGCACUUUGACAAAGGCAUGAACACUGGAUGGAAUGACAUAGCUCUGAAACAGUUGGCAGAACUUGAUGUACUGCAGUAUAUAUCCUAGAGCUGUACAAUCU